AUGGAACUUGAUAAUUACGUCAACUCUAAUUUUACAAAUAUAGAAGAUUUGAAGUCGUUAGACACCAAGCUAGAUGAGUUGCGAGACAUUGAUCAACGAGUUAAAAAUAUUGUGUCAAAUAAGUUGUUGAACUCCGCUGAGCCACAACCAUUGGAACAAAUAAAUCCGGACACAGAUAAGCCUAGGUUGAAUUAUGCGAUUCAGAAGAUAAUAUCCGUUAUCCUGGUUAUAACCAAGUUGGAUGACUUGAACGAGAGCUAUGAUAAUAUCAAUGCCUUGCUUCAAGAAUACGGUGAAAUACCAGUAUUGAAGGAGCUACAAAUUCAAAUCAAAAAGAAGCAGGUUGCAGAAAUACAAAGGGAUUAUCUUUUAAAAUAUCAACAGAUUGAAAAUAAACUAGCUGAGAGUACUUCCUUGGAGGACUUGCGCAGCCUUUCUCUCCAGAUGGACGAGUUGCACGCACCUGAAUUGAUUUCACUGCUUGACGAGGAAAUUGGUAGACGGAGGGUGAAAAUGGAGGGGGAAUUGACCAGUCUCAUUAAGGAUAACAAAUGGUUAAGCAAAAAUACUGUUUCCAAGGCAACGUUGACAUCAAUCACAAGGACCACUGAAAGCUUAAUUCAAUUGCAGUCUAUACGAAACACUCCUUCAUAUCCAGACACAUGGUGGGCUUUGGACUGUUUAUUAGAACCAGUCGUGACCAGGUUCCAUUACCAUUUUGAUACUCCUAACAAGGAUACUAAUAAGUUGUCGAAACCAGAAUGGGCAUUGAAUUUUAUCGAAAAUUUUUUGGAGGAUAAUCUACCACUCCUUAACAUAACUUUUGACGAACAAUUCAAAAAAGUUCAUAAAAUUGGAACAUAUGAGACAAUCACUGCUUUGCUCGUGCCUGCAAGAAACAAGAUGAAUAAAGUGAUUCGAGUGAUUAACACUAAUUUAAAAUCGGAGUAUGACAACAAAGUAAGAGAAAAAUAUGGUGUCUUGUUAUCUCAUUUGAUAUUUGAAUUGUCUUCAUUUGACCAAAGACUAAGAAACAAGUACAAAUAUAAUCCGUAUGCGACAGAUUCUGCAGAACCUGUUAUGAAGAAAUGGACUGGGCUUACCGGUGAUAUUUUGUUGGACGAGAACAAUCGUGCUUUUGAAAGUUGGCUUGAAUUUGAAAAGACAUUAGCUGUUAAGAGAUUCAAUCAGGAGAUAAUCAACGUAAAUGACUGGAUUAAGAUUGAUUUCGAUUACCAGCCAAACAAGUCUAGCAAUGAAGACGGGAGCGUGGGCACCAAAUACUUGCGACCAACAUUUUCCGCCUAUGGUCUCGUCAAGCUUAUUGAAAAUUUGAACUCCCAUUUUCAAACUCUUAGUAUCGUAAAAUUCCAAUUGAAGUACGUGUCGAGUAUUCAGUUGCACUUGCUUGAUUUAUACUUGACAGGAUUGACACAGCAACACAAGUCUUUUACGGACAAGAAUACCAAAAGUGUUUUAACAAUGAUACCGGGUGGUAUUGAUACAAACACAAAGACAUCUAUAAAACGCGAAGCGGAACUAAUUGCAAGCUUGGAAAAGCUCACCGAAAUUUACUGCUCAACCAAAUUUGUCAAUAAUUCGAUUCAAAAAUGGAAUGAAGAUCUUGUAUUUGUUCAGCUUUGGAAAAUGUAUCAGAGCUUUUCGAGCUCUGCUUUGGAGCUGGACAUGGAUGAUGGGUUGUUCAGCUCGGUCUCCACAAAAUUCGACAAAUUGCUUGACCAAACGUUAAACAGCUAUUUGGGGAUCUUGCGAGUAGAGAUUAAGCAGUUGUUGAAGGCAUAUGUGAAUACAAGUCAAUGGGACUUGUCCGACCAAGGUACUGACCUUUCGCCAUCAAAAGAUUUGAAUCCGUUAAUAAACACGUUGCCAACUUAUUUUGAUAUCAUCGAGAAGGCGGUCUCCAAAAUUGAUUACUUUGCUGUAUCUAACAUGGCAGUUACUGUUAUUUCGGAGUUGUUGUAUGAGUAUGUAAUAACUAAUAACCGGUUUUCAAGAACUGGUAUUAACCAAUUAAUCAUUGAUUUCAAUUACUUAAUCAGUUCGUUGCAUGUCACAUUACUAUUGAAUACAAGAAGACUGAGUUCAAUCACACGGUUUGAUGACUACACAAUGUCAAAUGACAACAAUCGAAGUUAUGUCAAAGUAGUCCAAGCAAUUGAUGUUCUUGACUCCAUUUCUCUGAGUGUGGCAGCUGACAUCAAACGUCAAAACGAAGCAAUCGACCAAUUGCGAUUAGAUUAUGGACAUGGCAUAGGAGCGUUAAGUACUGCCGAGAUAAAGGAUUUAUUGAAUCGACUUGUUGAAGAAUAA